AUGAACAAGAAUUGGGGUGACCGGGCCGACAAGGACUUGUUCUUUACCAUUCUUUCCGUCAAGAACAUUGGUGUCAUUAGCGGAGCAGAAUGGACCGCCAUCGGUAACCAUAUGCGCAGCAUGGGAUACGGCUUUACAAAUGAAGGUUGCCGGCAACACUUUCAAGGUCUCCGAAGGGCUCAGAACAAAGCAGAGACCAACGGUACCGUCGCGGAGAGCCCGAGAAAGAACGACCCGACUCUCAAUCCCAUCACCCGUCGGCCGGGACCAGGACGCGGUCGGCCCAGAAAGCAACCGCUUACUCCUGUUGAGAAUCCUGGUCAGGAUGGUGCCGCGUUAACAGGAGUUGCUGGGGUCCCUUAUGAAGAAGAGGUACAACAGCAGCAGCUGCCGCUUCCGCCUCCGCCUCCGCCUCCGCCUGAUGCUGCCCCACCUGUAGAUGAUGCAAUCGCCGACGACCUGCCGCUUCCUUUGACGAUUCCUGCGCAAGAACCAACGUCUCUAGAGUUGGUUACUGGUGAAGAUGAUCUAGAUGAACAGCCGGCUAAACGCCCAAGACUGGAUGAUCCAUCAGACCAUUUGGAUGAUCCAGCUGGGUUAGCCCUGGACGAUAACAAUGUUGAUGUCUUGGUGGAUCAUGAACUAGAUCAUGGAUACUUUGGCGAAGCAUAG